GCUGGUAAUGUCUUCAUUUAUUUUAAGAACAAACUAAAAAAAACACAUAAAAAUAACGUAAAAACUAUUCCAACACGGCUUUCUUAAAACAAUUGGAAACGUGUUUAAAAGUCCUUAAAGGCCAACAACACUAACACCAACAAAUCGUCCGAAAAACGAACGACUCCAGUGAAUAGCAACUCUAGCACCUAAAAUCAACCAGCAUCAUGACAAAAGACAGAUUAGCCGCUUUACAUGCAGCCCAAUCGGACGAUGAGGAGGCCGAAGAGGUGGCCGUCAAUGUCGAUACCACCCAUGACUCGUACAUGGAUGAUUUCUUUGCACAGGUCGAGGAAAUUCGCAACAUGAUCGACAAGGUGCAAGAAAAUGUCGAAGAGGUUAAGAAAAAACAUUCGGCCAUCCUGUCCGCACCCCAGUCGGACGAGAAGACCAAACAGGAGCUCGAAGAUCUGAUGGCCGACAUUAAAAAGAAUGCCAAUCGUGUUAGAGGCAAACUAAAAGGCAUCGAACAGAACAUCGAGCAGGAAGAACAGCAAAAUAAAUCAUCGGCCGAUUUGCGUAUACGCAAAACCCAGCACUCGACACUGUCACGCAAAUUCGUCGAGGUCAUGACCGAAUACAAUCGUACACAAACCGAUUACCGUGAACGCUGCAAGGGAAGAAUACAACGUCAAUUGGAGAUCACCGGUCGUGCCACGACAAACGAAGAGUUGGAGGACAUGUUGGAGCAGGGCAAUCCGGCCGUUUUUACGCAAGGCAUCAUCAUGGAAACGCAACAGGCCAAACAAACGUUGGCCGACAUCGAGGCUCGUCACGCUGAUAUUAUGAAACUGGAGACAUCGAUUAAGGAAUUGCACGACAUGUUCAUGGAUAUGGCUAUGUUGGUGGAAUCACAGGGUGAAAUGAUCGAUCGCAUUGAGUAUCAUGUGGAGCACGCUAUGGACUAUGUGCAGACUGCAACUCAGGAUACAAAGAAAGCUUUGAAAUAUCAGAGUAAAGCCCGACGAAAGAAGAUUAUGAUUUUGAUAUGCUUGACUGUGUUGGGUAUCAUAGCUGCUUCAUAUGUUAGCAGUUUUUUCAUCAUGAAGUCUAAUAAAUAGGAAGUUAUUAAGGAGGGAAUGAUUUAGAAUCCCCCACCCCCUAAAAGUAUGCUUUGAAAAAUCCACCCACCAACAAAUAACCAUCCUCUCUCUAGGUUGAUGGCUAAAAAUGCUGUUGCUGCAGUGCUGGUUUUAUUUUUCCUUAAAUAAAAUCUAGUUUUAUUUUAAUUAUUAAGCUUGUUUUAUGUUUGUUUUAAUUAUUUAAUUUAAAAGUAAUGCACUUUUUUAUUUCUUAAUUAUACUAUAUGAGUAUUUAAUUAUUUAUUGUGAUUUUUUAUUUUUUUUUUUAAUAUAAAUAUGAAUUUUGUACUUAAUUGGCAAUUAUGAUGAUUUUUGUAAAUUUUAUUAUUUAUUUUGUUUUAAAUUUAAACUAUAAAUAACAUUUAUAAAGCAUAAUAUGUAUCUUUCACAAUCUAAAAUCGUUAAGAAAACGAAAAAUCAAGAAAAACCAA